GCGGUGAAAUGAGGGCUAAAACGUGAGACUGGGAUUUUUAAAAAAAAUUAUUUUCCUUCAUCCAAGGACAAAUGGAUCAAGCAGAGCAGCUGGAGGAGAUCUCUGCUUGGUGUAAAGAGGAAGGUCUUCCUCCUGACUCCUCAAAGGAAGCUCAGCUGUGUUUGCUAUGGCGCGCCCUUCAGCACACGACGAGCCGCCUCAGCAAAGUGACCAGAGACCUGGAAACCCACCGCUCUCAGCACUUAGCAGAAAUGGCGGAGGUACGCAAGUCGCUGGAGCAGAUCAGAUUCUUCACGGAGCACAAAAAUGUUUUGGCUCAGGAGAUACAAGAUGAGAAUGAUCACCUUAAGGAGCAGCUGCGGCGCCUAAUAUCACUUCAAGAUGCCCAGAUAAGCGAGGUGGCUAAAAUGCUGUACCAGCAGGGUCUCACAGAGUUGAUUCACAGCAGCCCCAGUGAGCAGGUGGCGUACCUCCUGGUGGAGAGGGCUUCCCUGCUUGAGACAAGUGAGCUUACAGACAAGUUGACGGGUGAUGGAAACACAGCCAACCAUAUGGGGACAGGAGCACAAGUAAAGAGCACCGGCGUAUCCCAGGCUGCCCACAAGGGGGCACCACGUCAUGGGCAGAGCGCAUGGAAAAAACUCUUUGGACUCAAGUCUUCACAGAACAAACAUACUUUUAUUCCUGCUGAGGCCAGAUUUUUGGCUGGCCAGGAAAGCAGUUUGGGAAGAGAGUGCUCCCGGCUGGAGCGGGACCUGGAGGAGGGCUCCCGCCGGCUGGCAAUGGCGCACAAUGAGAUCCGGCGUUUGACUGAUGAGCUGGAGUCUGCUCAUUUGACCCAGAGAGCGUAUGAGCCUGAGCUGCAAUCAGCACAGCAGGAGGUGGAGCAGCUCCGGCAGGAGGUAGAAAAGCUGAAGAAAUAUGAAAUGGUGGAACUGCGAAAGACCAAAGAGCUAAAUGAUCGCCUGGACCUCGAGAUCAGAGCCUUGAGGAACAGGGUUCGCUCCUUGGAUGCUGAGAAAACCUCUUUGCAGCAGACGGUCGUGUCGCUGCAGGAAGAAGCAGAGCAGUUGAAGGCAGCCUUACAGGAGGAGCUCCUAACUAAACAGGUUCCAGUCAAACAAGUAACAGAGAUGACUGAAGUUGUGUCUCUAAAGAAGAAGGCGGAGCGACUGGAGUCAGCCCUAAAAGAGCAGCAGCAGCAACUUCUCACUGUGCAAGUUCAGGCCAACCAUGCCAACGAAUUAGCCAAAUCUCCAACAGCAGAGCUGGUACAGAGCAACAAGACCUGCAGACGUUUGCAAGAAAAGCUCACUGCAGAGAGGAGAAGCCUUUUAGAAAAAGAGGAAACUAUACAUUCUCUUCAGCAGCAGGUUGACUGCUCCCAAACCAGUGUGGAUAACCUUGUGCUAAAUAUCAACACCAGUGAAGACAUCCUGCAGGAUCAAAAGCUGCUGAAACAAAAAAAGGCAGAUUCUCAUCUUUUUGUAAACACUCAGUCACAUGACUCCUUUGUGACAGCAGAUGAAGAGCCACAGACGACAAAGUACGAAGAAAACAGACCACAAAAGGAGUGUAUUAAUUGUCAACAAGCAAUGAAAACUCUGCUGUCCUCCCAAGAGGAGUGUGAGGCACUUAAAAAGGAGAUCUGCGAAACCCUGAAAUGCAUUGACGAAGAGCGAAGCAAAUUCCACGAGAUGAAGCAAAAACACAAGGCCAAACUUUGCCGAGCCAAACAGAAAUUUGAAGAUGAAACCACCUGGCGUGAUGAGAAGAUAAGAAGUCUACAGAGAGAAUUGUCCUUGUGCUGUCAUUCAGUAGCAAAGGAGAAGGAGCUUGUCAUAAGCAUAACUGUGGAAAAUGAGAAACUACUCUCUGAGAGGAGGAAGCUACUGCAACAGCUAAACGAGGAGGAGCACAAGAAGAAGGACAGUUGUCUAAAAGCUUCUUUAUCCAAAUGCAGGGUGGAACUUUUAGAGCUCGAAAACAAGAAACUCGGAAACCAAAUAUCACAAAUGUCCAACCAGCUCGCUGUCCUGGAGUUCAGCCUGCAGAAGACGCAGCUGCUUCACUUUGCUGAGAAACUUAAGAAAAUGCCAGAUGACCAGCAAGUUUUCAAGUCUCUUCCUCAGCAGUCUUCAAGUGUGAUUUCACCCGAGCAGUCUGAAGCUCAGGGCUUGUUGGAUGGUACACUUAGAGGUCACUCCAAGCAGACAGAUGGGACUUGUUACAGUCAUGCGUCUGAGAUUUUGUGUCAAUCAGCAGAUAUGAGCUACCUGAACCUGACCUCCACGCAGAAAAACCACUUGAACCGCUCAGGUCCCCUGGCUGCCCUCAGCAGCAUUGAAAAUCUGCCUUCCUGAAGUUUUCUGUUUUAUUUGUAAGUUAAAUUAAUAAAUAAGAUA